GUGACAGGUUCUCCGUCGUUGUGUCUGCUGAUUGAUCAAUAUCCGUUCUAAUGAUGUCUGUUCCACUCCCAGGACCCUCCCACUCCCCCCUCUCAGGAAGAGGAAGUGAUUAAAUCAAACAUCCUGUAGACUUCCCAACCAGGACACGUAUAUUCCCGUCACUGACUUUUUUGUAAACAGUGGAACCAGGAAGUGACCUUGGGAUAGUUGUUACAGGGGUGGUGGAACAGGUUCUAGAGCAAGGAUAGAGAAAGGAUAGUUUUUACAUAGGGUUAACAGUACAGGUCCUGCAGUGGUCUGUCAUAUUGGUACAGUGUGUUGAUGGCCAUAGGGAUACCGGGAACAGCGGUCACCCUUAAACCCUGGAAUGUUGUAGAAUGGUUACAUCUCUCGAUCCCAUGUAUCCCUAUGUCCAUCAAUGCACUGUACCAAUGUGCCAGGGCUCUGUAGGACCUGUUCUGCCACCCCUGUAACAACUGUCCCAGGACCAGUGUAAUAGCCCUAUCUAGCUCUGGUUGCCUGUCUACCUCUAUUCUAGGACAUGUACUGUUAACCCUCUGUAACAACUGUCUCAGGACCUGCUCAUAUCUGUGUAUUAGCCCUAUCUGACUUUUAGUUCCUCGUAUCUGUUCUAUGACAUGUACUGCUAACCGUCUAUAACUGUCUGAAGACCUGUUAAUACCUGUGCAAUAGCCCUAUGUAAGUCUUGUUUCGUGUCUACCUAUCUGCCUCCCUGUUUUAGAAACUGUACUGUUAUAACCAUGUAACAACUGUCCCAGGACCUGUGUAUAUAACAAGCCUGAUCUGAUCUAGGAUUGGUACUGUUAACUCUGCAAUAACUGUUCUUUCAGGGUGAUGAACCAUCUAAAGUCAAGUUGUAAAAUCCUGAAAUUUUCCUUUAACCCUUUGUAAAAACUGUUUCAGGACCUGUUAAUACCUGUGUAGUAGUCCUAUCUAACUGCUAGGUUCCCUGUCUGAAUCUGUGUUAGGACCUGUACUACCAGUCGUAUAGUCAGGUAGGAGUGCUGUUUGCCUCCAUCGCUAAUUUCAAUGACUUCUACAUUGAGCUGGAUGGCAACAACAUGGGAGUAGAGUGUCUCAGGCUGCUCAACGAGAUCAUCGCAGACUUUGACGAGCUGAUGGACAAAGAGUGCUAUAAGGACAUUGAGAAGAUCAAAACUAUCGGCAGCACAUACAUGGCUGCAGUAGGCCUGGUACCUACCACUGGCUCCAAGGCUAAGAAGUCCACCUCCUCACACUUAUGUACAGUGGCAGAUUUUGCUGUUGAGAUGUAUGAUGUACUGGAUGCCAUCAACUACCAGUCGUAUAACGACUUUGUCUUGAGAGUGGGUAUUAACGUGGGUCCAGUAGUAGCAGGAGUGAUUGGAGCACGGAGGCCUCAGUAUGAUAUCUGGGGUAACACAGUCAACGUGGCCAGCAGGAUGGACACCACCGGACUACCUGGCAAGAUACAGGUGACAGAAGAUGUGCAGCGCAUCAUUAAGGGUCAAUAUGACUUUGUGUGCCGUGGCAAGGUCAGCGUCAAGGGCAAAGGACAGAUGCUUACCUACUUCCUGGAGGGGCGGAUCCCCGGCAGAGGGUCACAGCACCAGCCCAGGAACCUGGAUCGCUCCCGGACAAGUCUUUUCAACCGUUCAGCCAUUAGCAACAUCUGCACCAAACUGAGCCCCGCCCCCACCAUGACCGCCUAUUCCACGAUGCGAAACCCCACCCCCGGCACAGCCAAUGCAGCAACCACCUCCACAAACAGCACCAUCCUCUACCUGCCCUCUGUGGCUGUUCCCACGGCGAUGGAGGUGUGAGUGAGUGGCUGACAUGAAGACUGUCUAAAUAGUGACCAAGGAAUCUCCCUUGACAGAUAGAGAGUGGAGAUCAAGAGAGAGCUAGAGUAGAGCUGUUAGAAAGUCACUGAAAGUAAGAGUGAAAUAGGGAUGAGAGAGAGAGAGGAAGAAGUUGCGGGUUCCACUUUAAUGGACUAUCACUAGAGAAUGUGGUUCCACCUUACUGGACUGUCACUAGAGAAUGUGGUUCCAUUUUACUGGA